AUGAUCCCCACUUCGACCCGUCUGGCGCUGCGCUCCGCACGCAACGCCCGCUGCCUCGCUAGCACCUCCACCUCUUCGUCUUCCCUAGCUCCCGCUGCCCCUGCGACGACGGCGGCGACGGCGACGGCGACGAGAUCAACGCACCUCACCUCCGCCUCGCGCUCGGUGCCGCACGCCUUCCGACCUACGUCCCAGCUCCUCUUCCAGCACACGCCCCGCCACGAGAUCGCCACGCCCAUCCUCAUCGGCGCCGGUCUGGUCGGCGCGGGCAUCGCCGCCCAGCUCCUCCUCAAACCCAAGUCGUCCGGCCCCUCGGGCGGGAAAUGGAUCAAGGGCGGCUUCAACGCCAAGAUGGACAAGAAGGAGGCAGCUCAGGUCCUCGGUCUUCGGGAGACUGCACUGACCAAGGCCAAGGUCAAGGAGGCGCACCGAAGAAUGAUGAUCGCCAACCACCCGGAUCGAGGCGGAUCUCCCUACCUCGCCAGCAAGAUCAACGAGGCAAAGGACCUUCUCGACAAGCAGGUCAGCCGAUAG